GCUGGGGAAGGAUUAGUAACUCGGUGUAGCGGUGCAGGUGGAGCGUUGGGCAAAUCAUACGCUCUCAAACUAAGGAAUACCCCACAGGCGCAACGAGAAACCGAGUGCCGGAUUUGUCAAUCGUGAACCGAGAGGAGCCCAUUAAACCGGAACGGCUGAGCAACGCCCGGUUGUAGUGCAAGCCAGGCCCGGAAGCUUCUGCUUCAUCGACUACAAUCUCUCCCGACACUCAUCACCAUGUCCGACACGGAGGAAGAUUCGACCUGUUCCGACAGCUGGCCCAUCAACGAGGACUGGUUAAUGGAGGUGCUGAAGAAGCACCACGAGGUACGCUCCGGUAUCAGUAUUACCGAGUUCAAAGUACGACAAGGUUGCCAGGAUGGCGUCAACAAUCUCAGCGACAUACUGGCCGUCUCGGUGGUAUACGAGUUCGAAGGUAACGAGGACGAGCAGGGUGCGCGACAGAGCUUGGACAUUGUGAUAAAACUACUGCCACAGGAUCCGUUCAGCCGGUACUUUGUGACCGAGGCACAGUUCGAUCUGAGGGAAAUCAAAUUCUACACCAGCAUUCUGCCCGAUUUGAUGGCCUUCCAGGAGCAGCACUUUCCGAAGGAGCACGGCAACAUGGUCAUCUCGGUACCGACCUGCUUCUACACACAGUAUGCACCCGGUGCAAGCACCGGACGGAUGUCCUUGGUGAGUCCGGAUCCACCAGAGAGCAUCCUGGUGCUGGAGGAUAUGCGUUCGCUCGGUUUCAGGGGAGCAAACUUCACCACGGGCCUUACGCUCGGCCAAACGGAGGCAGCCAUACGUGCCAUUGUCACGAUUCACGCCCUGUCGUUGGGGCUUAAGAUCAAAAAGAAGGUUGAUCUGAACGAAAAGUAUCCGUUUCUCUUUCAAACAACGAGGGCAACGGAAAGCUAUCAACAGCUGGUGGAGCAGGGAAUGCCUCAGCUGACCAAGUUCCUCGAGCGAACGCCCGGUUAUGGCAACGAGCUGAAAGCGCUAACUAAAAUCCGGCCCAAAACGAAGCAACUGAUUGAAACGCUCCUGCAGCCGAUCGAACCGAUGGGACUGAUCACACACACCGACUUCUGGUGCAACAACUUGCUGUUCCGCAGCGAGAGCGACCGCACCGAUAGCUGCACCAUCCUCGACUGGCAGAUGGUCACGUACAGUCGACCAACGAACGACCUGGCGCUGCUGCUGAUCUCUUCCCUACCGUCCAGUACCCGGCGCCAGCAUACGGCCCGGCUGCUCGAUCUCUACUACGGGGCGCUCAAAACCUACUGCCUUAAGAUGGACGUCGACAUUGAGGCCGAGCUCGGCUACAGCCGCAACAAGAUGGACUGCGAGUACCGGCAGUCGUUGCUGCUGGCGCUGCUACUGUGCAUCGGUUCGGUGGACAUAGCGAUCGGAAAUGCUGCGGCCGAACAGCGGUUGCUGGACGUGUUGCGUGACUUCAACGACGAAGGCAUCCUCGGGCUCGAGGGCUGCGCGUAGAAGGGAGGCGUGCACAAAUCACCUCGCUUUUUGCAUCCAUCCAAUCUCAAUCCAUCCGUCAGCGCGGAAAGUGACACCGGCCAAGGCACGCUAUUCACCACUGCAACUGCAAGUGCACCGGUAAUGCUACCCUAGGCCACUAGGUGUAAUGUUAGUGUUAAUUUUGGCCACAGUUUUCUCGAGCAAAGCAAACGAUUUGCCUUCCGUCUAUAGAUAGUUCCGGAUUUUAGAUUGUCAUGCCAGAACACGAUGUAUCUCUUACGGGUAGACAAGACGCGUUUGGUGCAUCAGCGGAAACCAACUCUAGGUCAUGCCGUAAGGUCUUUGUUGGGGCACAUUAAACUAUGAUGAUCAGCAGGGUUACAGGAUGCCGCGCACUGCUUUCAGAGAG